AUGGGGACGCCGCCGGCGAGUAUGCGGCGGAAAAUGGGGAGUGCGACGCUCGUGAUUCGCGUCUUCCUCGUCGCGCUCUUCACCGGUACGACUCGCCGCAUUGCGCCCCCUGCCUUUCUCCUCCCACGCAUGUCCUUUGUCAAUACGCCUUUUGCUCAAUACGGGCAGCGAGGCCGGCUCGAGCACCCAGAAACAACAGACAAGGUCAGCAAUGUGGUGAGCGGCACAAACACCAAGACAGCAACAGACAAGGUCAGCAAUGUGGUGAGCGGCACAAACACCAAGACAGCAACAGACAAGGUCAGCAAUGUGGUGAGCGGCACAAACACCAAGACAGCAACAGACAAGGUCAGCAAUGUGGUGAGCGGCACAAACACCAUUAAAGCAGCGGAUGCGGGGAGCAACGACAACAAGGGCAGCGAGAAAGAAGUGGAUGCGGGCAGCAAUGGCGUGAGCGACAACAAGGGCAGCGAGAAAGCAGUGGAUGCGGGCAGCAAUGGCGUGAGCGACAACAAGGGCAGCGAGAAAGCAGUGGAUGCGGGCAGCAAUGGCGUGAGCGACAACAAGGGCAGCGAGAAAGCAGUGGAUGCGGACAGCAAUGGCGUGAGCGACAACAAGGGCAGUGAGAAAGCAGUGGAUGCGGGCAGCAAUGGCGUGAGCGACAACAAGGGCAGCGAGAAAGCAGUGGAUGCGGGCAGCAAUGGCGUGAGCGACAACAAGGGCAGCGAGAAAGCAAUGGAUGCGGGCAGCAAUGGCGUGAGCGACAACAAGGGCAGCGAGAAAGCAGCGGAUGCGGGCAGCAAUGGCGUGAGCGACAACAAGGGCAGCGAGAAAGCAGCGGAUGCGGGCAGCAAUGGCGUGAGCGACAACAAGGGCAGCGAGAAAGCAGCGGAUGCGGGCAGCAAUGGCGUGAGCGACAACAAGGGCAGCGAGAAAGCAGCGGAUGCGGGCAGCAAUGGCGUGAGCGACAACAAGGGCAGCGAGAAAGCAGUGGAUGCGGGCAGCAAUGGCGUGAGCGACAACAAGGGCAGCGAGAAAGCAGUGGAUGCGGGCAGCAAUGGCGUGAGCGACAACAAGGGCAGCGAGAAAGCAGUGGAUGCGGGCAGCAAUGGCGUGAGCGACAACAAGGGCAGCGAGAAAGCAGUGGAUGCGGGCAGCAAUGGCGUGAGCGACAACAAGGGCAGCGAGAAAGCAGUGGAUGCGGGCAGCGAGGGAGCAGGCGGCCAGGGCAGCGAGGCAGCGGGCGGCAAGGCCGGCGAGGCAGCGGGCGGCAAGGCCGGCGAGGCAGCAGGCGGAAAGGGCGGCGAGGCAGCGGGUGGCAAGGGCGGCAAGGGCGGCGAAACGUCGGGCGGCAAGGGCGGCGAGGCGUCGAGCGGCAAGGGCGGCGAGGCAUUGGGCGGCAAGGGCGGCGAGGCGUCGGACGGCAAGGGCGGCGAGGCGUCGGGCGGCAAGGGCGGCGAGGCACCAGUGACCACCCAGCCACCAGUGACCCCCAAGCCACCAGUGACCCCCAAGCCACCAGUGACCCCCGAGCCACCAGUGACCCCCGAGCCACCAGUGACCCCCGAGCCGGCAGUGACCCCCGAGCCACCAGUGACCCCUGAGCCACCAGUGACCCCCGAGCCACCAGUGACCCCCGAGCCUCCAGUGACCCCCGAGCCUCCAGUGACCCCCGAGCCACCAGUGACCCCCGAGCCACCAGUGACCCCCGAGCCGCCAGUGACCCCCGAGCCACCAGUGACCCCCGAGCCACCAGUGACCCCCGAGCCACCAGUGACCCCCGAGCCACCAGUGACCCCCGAGCCACCAGUGACCCCCGAGCCACCAGUGACCCCCGAGCCACCAGUGACCCCCGAGCCACCAGUUACCCCCGAGCCACCCGUGACCCCCGAGCCACCAGUGACCCCCGAGCCACCAGUGACCCCCAAGCCCACAGUCAUCCCAGAGCCCCCAUUCAUCCCCCCUGGCAAUGUCACCACCGCUGGCAAUGGCACCACCCAUGACAAUGGGACCACCCCAGUGCCCCCCACUGUUCCCCCCGCACCCCCAGCGCCCCCUGCGCCCCCCAUUAUAGUGAACAGUGUGGGCACGAGCAUGCGUAAGGGGCGUUCCUUCAGCUUUGCCAGGAGCAGCUGCGUGGGCAUUCCGGGCAAGACUGGGCGCGGGAAGAAGAAGGUGCAGGUGGUGUGGCAGCAGCCGGGGAAGGUUGGGGCAGGGCAGCAGGCGUGCAAGAGGAUCGAGUUCUUUGUGGCGCCGAGCUGCAAGGGCAAGGCUGUGAAGACCCUGGUGAAGGGCACGCGUACGCCCCCACCUUCCCCCAUUCACCCCUCCUCCCUCCCCGCUUAUCGCCUUUGUGCAGGGAACAUCCCAAAGAAGUGA